AUGUUGUUGGUGAAACAAGGUGCUGAGGCAAAGAUUUUCAAAGUCAUGUUUUACGACAAGGAAGCUCUGGUUAAAAUUCGAUCUCGUAAAAGCUACAGACAUUCUGUCCUGGAUUGUUCACUGAAUAAUAAACGAACCAAAGCUGAAAUAAGAUGUUCAUUGAAAUGUAAAAUGAUAGGCAUAAGAACUCCCGCAAUUUACUUUGUUGAUUUCUUGAACAACAAAAUAUACAUGGAAUAUAUAAAGGACAGCAUCACAGUGAAGCAAUUCAUCAGUGAGAACAAUGUUGAAGGUGCUGAUGAUUUUGAACAGUCCAAUUUGUACAAUGUGGCACGUAACAUUGGACAUAUAAUCGCCACAAUGCAUAAUGAUGAUAUUGUUCAUGGGGAUUUAACAACUUCAAAUUUUCUCGUUGACACAUCUAACAACCAGAUUGCAGUGAUUGAUUUUGGGUUAGGUUCGACAGUCAGUACUUUGGAAGACAAAGCCGUUGAUCUGUACGUUCUGGAGCGUGCCAUAUUGAGUUCACAUCCAAAGUCCGUUAAGUUUAUUGAAGAAAUAAUGAAAUCGUACAAAAGUAACAUAAGUGCCUCGAUCGUUGGAGUUUUAAAAAAACUUGAAGAGGUACGACAAAGAGGUAGAAAAAGGUCUAUGGCUGGCUGA